CACGUUCCUGCUAUAUCUCCCUCCCCCUCUUCUUACUCCCGCGAUUUCUGAUUCUGCCAAAAUGUUCGUCGCUUGCUGAUGUGUCGUCGAUCGCUGUCAGAUUCAUCCCAUCGCUGACGACCAGCCUCCGACCUCUGCCUCCUUCCAGCCUUCGACCUCCACCUCCUUCCAGUUACACAGCCAGGAGAACGAUCGUCUCCUCCCAGGUAACUUUUGAAAAUGGCAAAUAAAAGAAUGCGAAAGCUAAUCCAAAAUAACCAAAGACGAUCUAGGAGAGAAGAAUCAAGUAACAGAGGAGUUGAUGAUGAAAAUGAAUCACAAUACACAACAUCCCAUUCACCAUUAGAGAUACAAAAUGAGGAGUUGAAAAUGAGGUCAUGUCUUCAUCCCAAAGUCAGCAAAGAAAACGUGGCAAGACUAUCAUGAGAGAAAUUCAUGCAUUACAUCUCGAUCAUGUGCUCGUAGUUGAAUUCAAUGAAAGGGGACAACCUUACGGUGAUCUACAACCGACGCUUGCAAAUUUUAUUGGGACUAUUGCACGGAAUGGACUUGUGUUGCCCCUACACUUUUUAGAUUGGAGAAAAAUGCCGACAAAUCGCUUGAAUGAUGCAUGGAAACUUGUUACCAAGAGUUAUAAUGCAAAUGAUGGGGGCCGCAUGGAGACGGUGGAGGACUGAAGUGAAAGCUACAUCUUAUGAUUCAAAUACUCCACUAGAAGAGCUUGUUGCAAUACAGCCCAUUCCUCAUGGAUUGACACCUCAAACUUGGGAAGUUUUAUGUAACUAUUGGAAGUAUACUGAGAAAAUCUCAAAAAUCAAUAGAGAAAAUGCAAACAAAAAGAAAGGGACUCAUGCACAGGGACGUACUAAUAUUCCGUCAUUGGAAUAUAAAUUUUCUCAGGAGAAUGGUAGAAAAUCAAGUCGUAUUGAAAUACAACAACUGAGUCGGAGAAGUAGAAAGAAAGGAGGUGCCGCUGUUGAUGAUGAGGCAAUACGAAUUGAGAAUUUACUUAAAGAGGUUGUAGAUCAUCUCCUCCAAGAUAAACCUGAAGGAACACAACCACUAGAAGUCCAUGAGGAGGCAUUUCGUGAGGUUUUUGGACCUGAGCAUUCUGGUCGGGUACGAUGUUUAGGAGCUGGUGCGCUGCCUAGCCAAGUGUUCCCAGAGCAAUGUAAACGCAGCUCAAUGUAUUGGCAAGAUUAUCACUCUAAUUCAGAUUUGACAGACAAAUUUAAGGAAAUGAGAGAGACAAUUUAAGAUACGGAGUUGUGAGAAGCACAACGACAAACGGAAAUAGAGCAGAUGAAAAAACAAAUGCAAGAAAAUGAUCAGCUCCAAAAUUUUGCACGAGUAAUGUUAAGUAUGAUAUCGGGAAGUGUUGGGGGCUCUCGUGGACCCGAAUUAUUACCGGCACAAGUAAUAAUAUUUCUCAUUAAAAAAAUAAUUAUUUAAAAUUAUUUGUAUAGUUAAGAACAUUAAUAGCAAAUUUAUUUAUUUUUAUAGAUGACAGCUAUGUUUGUAAAUAUUAUGCAACAAUAAGUUUCAUCCACCAUGGAAGAAGAUAGGUGUAGAUCCUCUCGAUCACCAGAAUCAGAUAAUAAUUAGAGAGGUUGAUUUUUAAUUACAAAUGUUCUUAUUAGAGUAUUUUUUACUUUAUUUUUUUUUUAAAAUUUAUGUUUAAAAUAAAGUUAAUUCAUAAUUCUAGGCAUAUGAGUUUUUUUAUACUAUUCUUACAUGCUUGUUCCUCUGAAUCUUACUUUUCAAUAAUGCCACCUUGAGAGAGGUCCCCCAUGAGCGGCAUGAUCAGCCAACCUUUUAUCUUCAGGGCCAUUCCCCCUCCACAAAAUUAUUGUUCUUAUCUGCACCACUUAAAUGUUGCUGCUAGCUUGAAGCAUGUGUUGUAACUUGUAAGGGUGACCCAACACCAACCACGCACAUUCUGAUCUUGCAUUAACAUCACAUAUAUAUAUAUAGCUACAGUUUGUUUCAUGCUCCAUGAGGAGGCUGGGGAGCUCCCAUGUGGCACAACCCAUACGGUAGAGCAUUUAUGGAAGGAUGGAUGGACGAAUCAUUAAUUAAUCAACCUCUUAGCUUCCUCCUAGCUCCCUCCUAGCUCCCAAUUCAUGUUGUCAAUAUCAGGGCACAAGAAGCUAUUGUAUCAAUGCUACUGGUGCGUGCACGGUUCAUACUUCCAAGCGUGCCAAGACCCCACUCGCAGCUCUAGGAUUGAGAGCUAGCUAGCACGAACUCUCUCAUAUGUUCAUAUACACUGCUAACCUAAUUCCAGUCUCCUAAUUCACUUCCAAGUGAACCCUUCAUAAGUAAUUUAAGUUCUAUAUUUUCGUAUGAGUUUCCACAUGUUUGAGCUGUAAUUGUUUAUUGGAUUCUAACCAAUGACUUUUUUUUCUCAAUCAGCUAUCUAUAUUGUUACAAUUAUCACUGUUUUUGUAUUUGCAUGUUGUUUAUAAUAUA